UCGCCGCUUCCCGCCUUUCUGCCCUCCCGCGGUCCCCGCCCCGCUCCUUCGCGGUCUCCCGCCCAGCCUUAGCUUCCCCUUUUUCGCCCUCCAGGGCCGCCCUUUGCCCCUUCCCGCCUUUUCCCGCUCUCCUCCAAGCCCGGUUCUCGUCGGCUGCGCCCCUCGGGUCCGCUUCCGUCUUCUCCCGCAUCCCUAGCUCCUCGGCUCCCGUUCCGGCCUGGGAAUUCUUCCGAGGGGGCAGCUUUCCGAGACACUUCUCCGAGACCCCCGCCUCAGUAUUAACGGGAACAUCCAUAGUAGUGCAAAAACUUUCACAAUGAAAUCUGAAGCCAAGGAUGGAGAGGAGGAGAGUCUACAAACUGCUUUCAAGAAAUUAAGAGUGGAUGCAUCAGGGUCUAUAGUAUCGCUGUCUGUUGGAGAAGGCACGAGUGUCAGAGCAUCAGUCAGAACAGCAGUAGAUGAUACCAAACCUAAAACCUCAUGUGCAUCUAAAGACAGUUGGCAUGGGUCUACAAGGAAGUCUUCACGAGGAGCAGUGAGAACCCAGCGUCGUCGACGUUCUAAGUCUCCUGUCCUUCAUCCUCCAAAGUUCAUACAUUGCAGUACAAUAGCAUCUCCUUCCAGCAGCCAGCUCAAGCACAGAAGCCAGACUGACCCCCCUGAUGGCAGCAGUGGGCUGGGAAUAUCAACUCCUAAAGAGUUCAGUACAGGAGAAAGCUCUGCUUCACUUGAUGCCAAUCACACAGGGGGAGUUGUUGAGCCUUUGGGAACUUCAGUUCCAAGGCUCUCAUCAGAGAGUAAGACAGAAGACUCCUGUGAUGCUACCCAAGUCUCCCACACAAGUCUCAAGGCCAGCGAUCUCUCUGACUUUCAAUCUGUUUCCAAGCUAAACCAGGGCAAGCCAUGUGCAUGCAUAGGCAAGGAGUGCCAGUGUAAGAGAUGGCAUGAUAUGGAAGUGUAUUCCUUUUCAGGCCUGCAGAAUGUUCCUCCCUUGGCCCCAGAACGAAGAUCCACACUUGAGGACUACUCUCAGUCGCUGCACACCAGAACUCUGUCUGGCUCGCCCCGUUCCUGUUCUGAGCAAGCUCGAGUCUAUGUGGAUGAUGUGACCAUUGAGGACCUAUCAGGCUACAUGGAAUAUUACUUGUAUAUUCCCAAGAAAAUGUCCCACAUGGCAGAAAUGAUGUACACCUGAUAGUAAGAAGCUAAUUCACAUGCUUUAAACCAAUGAAGGGUUGUCAAAGAGAUUUAGUUAAUGGCAGACCUUGUGGCUACUUUGUGUGAGAAGACAUCUUUCGGCUCACUGUGCUUGCAAUAAAAACUUUUCUUGGCAUCUCA